AUGAAUAAUAAGAAUAAUAGAUUACCAUCAUUGUCAAUAUUUUUUACGGAUAUUAAUAUACAACAACAAUUUUCUACAUUUGCAUUUGAUUCAAAUACAUUUUUAAAACCAUUAAAACAAAAACAAAGUAUACCUGUAGUAAAUACAACAUCAUGGAAAUAUCCAAAAUAUGUCCAUUCAUCAUCGAAUAACGCGCCAAACAGUCCACCACAGUCGUCAAAUACUCCAAUCAGCAAUACUUCAGAUCAUCUAAUUAAAUCCACAAAUUUCUCGACAUCAUCUAAUAAUACUCAUGAUCAUUAUCCAAUUCAACGACAUCCUCCUCCUUCUUCAUCAUCAUCAUCAUCAAAUGAAAUAAGACAUAAAAGUGAAAUUGAAAUUGAAGUAAAACAUAAUAAUGAAGAACAACAACGAAAAGCGCAAUCAAAAACUUCACCACCACCAUCUUAUUCUGGUGCCAAUUCACUUUCACGUUCAAAUAAACAGCAACAACUACAAUCAUCGUCUUACCACGAAGAACAACAACAACAACAACAACAAACUUCUCAACAAAUACCUCAAUAUCAACUACAACAGCCAAAAACACAACAAAGACGUUGGCCAGAGUCCAACGGGCACGGGACAACAACAAUUCAUACACAAACUCAUAAUACAUCUACACACAACGAUUUUAUUGAACUACAUGCACAAUUAAAAUCUGUCAAAGAUGAAAAUUUAUCAAAAAAUGAAGAAUUACAAGCUAUUCUACAUGAAUUAACAGAUUGUCAAUCAACGAUUAAAAAUUAUGAACAACAAUUGUCAAAUGUUCGAAAAGAACGAGAUCAAUUACGACUAUCACUUCAUGAACGUCAAACAGAGUUACGUAAUUCAAAAGAAAAAAAUGAACAAUUACAACAAAUGAUAAGAAAUGAACAAGAACACAAUGAUGAAAAAAAAUUGUUAUCACUAUUACAAGAAGCAACAGAAGAACGUGAUGAAUUAUUACGUCAACAACGUCAAUCACAAGAACGUUUAUUGAAAUUUGAAGAACAAUCAAAACAUUAUGAAAAUGAGAAUGCUAAAAUGCGUGAUUUAUCAAUUUGUUAUAAAAUUAAAUUAGAAAAAAAAUUAGAUGAAUUAGAACGUUUAAAUUCGGAUUUAAAUGAAUUUAAAAAAUCAUAUGAAAAAUUUGAACAAGAUAAUGGAAAAUUAAAAAUACAACUUGAUAAUGAAAGAAAAAAAAUUGAAGAAUUAACACAAAUGAAAAGUACAAAUGAAAAUGAAUUGCAAUGUCUUGUACAAAAACAGCGUACACAACGUUAUGAACAUGAAACAAAAAUUGCUCAAUUAGAUGAUACUCUCGUACGACAACAAAAACAAUUUUAUCAAGCACAACAACAACAACGUCUGUUAGAAGAAAAAUAUUUAAAUGAACAAGAAGAAUUAAAAAAACAUAUUAAUGAAUUAGAAAUGAAAAUUGAAGAAGUUAUUAAAGAAAAAGCUCUAUCGCAAAUUCGAUGUGGUGAAUUGGUUGAUGAAAAUAGAAAAUUGGAAAAAGCAUUAAUCGAUAAAGAAGAUGAUUAUGAAGAAAAAAUUGCCGCUUACAAAGAAAAAAAUUCAUCAUUAUCAACACAAAUUGAAGAUGUUGAAAAGAAAUUGGCUGAUAUUAAAAGACAAUUAGAAUUAACAUUAAUUGAAAAAGAUGAAUUUCAAAAAGAUAUGUUGAUUGCUGUUCGAGUUGCAAGUGAAAUGAGACAUGGUAAACACUUUUUUAUCAUAGAAAAUACGUUAUAUGAUUGUGGACUGUUCUUUGUGUAUAUAGAUGCAGAAGAUCGUUUAACUAAAGCGAAUGAAGAUUUAAAACGUAUGACCGAAUAUAUUGAACAUGAACGAGCUGUCAAUAAAGAAGUACAACGUCGGCAGAUGAAUUUGCCAUCACAAAAUCGAAUUUCAAACGGUUUACCGGAUUUUGGUCCAUUAAGAAUUAAAGAAAUGAUACGUACACUUGAAGCUAAUUCAAGAAAUGGUUCAACAAUAGUUUCAGCCACGUCAUCUCCCUUGAAUAAUAACAACAACAAUAACAAUGUUUUUGAACAAAUCAUUCGACAACGGCCAUUAUCUCAGCCAUGUACGCGUUCAGAAACGACAAACGCUGUUCUAACUAAUGGUCAUGGCCAACAUCGACAACAAUUGGGCACUACUACAGAUGAUGUUAAAAUGCUUUCAGCUAGAAAUAACAACGCUGAUCAACAAACAACAUCCUCAUUAUUAAAUUCAUCUACAACAAAUUGUCCAAAUAGUAGUUUAAGAUCCGUAAUGUCAUUAAGAUCAAUAACAAAUGAACAAUAUGAUGAAAUGAAAUGUAUCGUUGAAGCUGUUUAUACUCGAAUGCCAGGCUCUGUAUGUAAACGAGAUGCAUUUCUAAAAUGGUGUGUAGAAAAACUGGCCACUUAUGGAAUAACCAUAACAAAUUUUAGUAAUAGUUGGACAGAUGGUUUAGCAUUUUGUUCAUUGUUGCAUAGUUAUUUACCAGAUAUGAUUAAUUUAGAUGAAAUUAAAAAUGAAACAAAGAGAAAACGAUUUGAAAUAGCGUUUAAUAUUGCGAACAGUGUUGGAAUUCUAUCAAUUUUGGAUAUCGACGAAAUGGUUAAUACUGAAUGGCCUGAUUGGGAAAAAGUCAUGUACUAUGUGGCAUUGAUAUUUCGACAUUUUGAAGGACUUCAUACUACACCGUUAGCAUUGACAAAUACAGCUAAUACCAGUUCGACAACGUGUACAGCUACAAAUAACACAUCGCCUCUAUCCUCAUUAAAUUCGUCACCCACAUUUUCACAAUCGUCUACUUCAUCUUCAAAUUGUUCAUUGUCUAUGAGACCGUCAGUAUCUAUUCCAACAACAUUAUGCUCAUCGACAUUAGCUCAAACUGUUUAA